AUGGUUAUCAGCGCCCAAGUGCUUAGUAUUAACGUUGGCGGAAGCAGCAACAACAGUAAUAACAGUAAUAAUAAUAAUAACAGUAAUAAUAAUAAAGAAACGAAAUCCGGUAUUAGCGAUAAGAACAGCUCACCAGGAACGGCAAAAAUUACAACUGGUGACGAAAUCGAAAAUCAGGAAGAUCAACAAAAAGAUCAAGAGUGUAGCAUCAAUCCAUUGGUUGCGAAAACUUCAUCUACUGUCUGGUUUAAGCAUCAGCAUUAUCAUCAGCAACCACAGCAGCAUCCUAAGUGGUUACUGAAUUGCUGCACGUCAAAUUUUACUACAGCUGCACAACAGUUAACUGUACUGAUUGACAGUAUUGGUAGCUGUAUUCCAGAUCCUAUCGCAACAUCAGCGACCAAUAUCGCUAUAAUUCCUACUGCUGCUGAUAGCAGGAAUACGACGAUAGCAACAACCACAACGGUUUCCACAACAGCUGUUCCUGACAAUACGACAGAGCAGGAUAUGAGCCGAGAGAGUCGUCAUGUCCAUGUAAUUGGUCUGCCGGAUAGUCUUUCGGAUGAACGAGUCUCAUCAUUUUUUUCCACAUUUGGUCGUGUACAAAAAGUGGAACGUUUGGGUGCCACUGGUUUUGUGGUUAGUUUCAUGGAUGUUCGGUCGGCGCAAAAAGCCCAUUCAAUGGAACCGAAAUUUCAAGGUCACCAGCUACGAAUCGCAUUCCACGAACAGAACAAGAACUCGCGAUAUCUCCGAUACAUGGGUUGUAUCUUUGGUUGUGUCGCAAUCUAUGUGGCACAUGCGCUAUUUUAG